UGUGCAGAGCCCAGACGGGUUCCUGGCAGGAGACUUCGGGGUCACAGGCACGGAGGGGACCGGUGACAGGAGGGCACAAAGCAGAAGAACUCUUGGGUUUCAUCACAACACUGUUUCCCAGGACCCCGCAGGGCCGAAUGUCGGUCCUGCAAGCCCAGUGCCGCCUCUGCCUCAGUUGGCGGGGGCUUACCAUAAGAAACUGGUGCAGGGCACCCAGAAAGAGCAAACUAUAGCUAGGCCUCAAGAAGAACAGAAACACAAGCACCCCACCCCGGGGUUCCAGGCAGUGGCAAGGACCUCAGCAGUAGGGAUUUGAGGAGAGCCCCCUUGUGCCCUGUCCCCAGAAGGACUUGGCACACCCUAUUUGCCUUCUGCUUUUCCUUCACCACCUCUGCUCCCUUUGCCCCCAUGAGCCCGUGCCCACUCAGGUUCUGCUUCCUCCUCGCUGUGCUUGGCUGUGGGCUGAUGUGGCCUCCCCAGGGUUUUAGUACAUGUCCAGUGUGGUGACCAUUCCUCGGUCCUCGUUUCCCUGUUGUCACCUCUACACUGUGCAAUUCUGUCCCUGAAGGGGAGGGGGUCCCACAGAUUCCACCCCCCGUUGGUCUGCCUGCCCUGACUGCUGCAGCCCAGGACUACGGCCCCGAGGACAGUGGUGGGCAAAGGCUGUUUGCCCCCAAAUGCCUGGCAGCAUCACUGAGCUUGUGAGGAGAAACCUCAGCACAGAGGGGUGGGGCUGGAGCCCGAGCAGGAGGGACAGAGCAGUCUGUUUUUCUCUCCAGGGGGAGGCCUCUGCCUGCUGGCAGCUCACUGUGCGGGUCCUGGAGGCACAGAACCUGGGCUGGACUGACCUGUUGAGUGAGGCAGACCCCUAUGUGACCCUGCAGCUGCCAACCGUCCCUGGAACAAAGUUUAAGACCAAAACUAUCACCAACACCAGUCAUCCUGUAUGGAAUGAGACCUUCAGUUUCCUAAUCCAGAGUCAGGUCAAGAAUGUUCUGGAGUUAAAUGUCUAUGAUGAAGACUCAAUCCCGGAGGAUGAUGCCUGCUUCAAAGUUCUCUAUGACGUCUCAGAAGUCGUCCCUGGGGAGCUGCUCCGGAAGACCUUCUCCGCUGGUCCCCAGGGGCAGGGGGAGCUGGAUGUGGAGUUCCUGCUGGAAAAAACGUCAGACUGUCCAGAAAACCUCAUCACCAACGGCGUCCUUGUGGCCCGAGAGCUGUCCUGCCUGGAUGUCUGUCUGGACAGCGCCGGGAGCGCGGCCACAGUCACAGAUCAGGACAAGCUGGAGCUGGAGCUGGAGCUGAAGGGGUCCUAUGAAGACACACAGACAUCUGCUCUGGGCCCAGCCUCUGCCUUCCGCUUUCAUUACAUGGCAGCCCAAGAGGCCAACCUGAGCGCGCAUCUGAGGAGCUCUGCAAGCAAUGGCUGGAAUUCAGACAAGUCAGCUGGGCACCUCACUGUGCCCCUGAGGUCCUUGGCUGUGGGAAAGGAAGUGACCAUUAACAUUCCUGCCACAAAUACCCCAAAAGUGAAGCUGCAGCUCAAGACUGAGGGCUGCCCUGAGGAGCUGGCUGUGCACCUGGGCUUCGAUCUAUGCGCAGAGGAGAAAGCCUUCCUGAGCAGGAGGAAGCAAGUGGUGGCUAAGGCUCUCAAGCAGGCCCUGCAGCUGGACAGAGACCUACAGGAGGAUGAGGUCCCUGUUGUGGGCAUCAUGGCCACAGGAGGAGGUGCCCGGGCCAUGACCUCUCUCUAUGGCCACCUGUUGGCCCUGCAGAAGCUAGGCCUCCUGGACUGUGUGACCUACUUCAGCGGCAUCUCGGGCUCUACGUGGGCAAUGGCCCACCUCUACGGGGACCCUGAGUGGUCACAGAAGGACCUCGAAGGACCCAUCAAAUACGCCAGGGAGCACCUGGUCAAGAGCAAGAUGGAGGCCUUCUCCCCAGAGCGCCUUGCGAGCUACCACCAAGAGCUGGAGCUGCGGGCCAAACAGGGCCACCCCACGACUUUUGUGGACCUGUGGGCUCUCGUGCUGGAGUUCAUGCUGCACGGCCAGGUGAUGGAUCAGAAGCUGUCGGAACAGAGAGCUGCACUGGAGCAGGGCCAGAACCCUCUACCCCUCUACUUGAGCCUCAAUGUCAAAGAGAACAAUCUGGAGACCCUCGACUUCAAGGAGUGGGUGGAGUUUUCCCCCUACGAGGUGGGGUUCCUGAAGUAUGGAGCCUUCGUCCCUAGCGAGCUCUUCGGCUCUGAGUUCUUCAUGGGGCGGCUGAUGAGGAGGCUCCCUGAGUCCCGGAUCUGCUUUCUGGAAGGUAUCUGGAGCAACAUUUUCUCCCUGAACUUGCUGGAUGUCUGGUAUGACCUCCUCAGCUCUGAUGACACCCGGAAGCAGCACAUCAAGGACAAGAUCAGGAACGUGGAGGAAUCUCCUGCCUCCUUGAGGACCUCCUCACGGCUGGAGGCCUCAUGGCUGCAGCCCGGGACGGCCCUGGCCAAGGCGUUUAAGGGCUUGCUGACAGGCAGGCCGCUCCACCAGCACAGCUGCAACUUCCUCCGGGGCCUCCAGCUGCACAGGGGCUACAACAGCCAGAAAGACUUCUCGACCUGGGCAGACUGCCAGCUAGACUCCACCGCUAGCCAGCUGACCCCUCAGGAGCCCCGGCUCUGCCUGGUAGAUGCCGGCUACUUCCUCAACACCAGCUGUCCCUCCAUGUUCCGGCCAGGCCGCAGGCUGGACCUCAUUCUCUCCUUCGACUACUCCCUACCCUCACCCUUUGAGGUGCUGCAGCAGACUGAGAUGUACUGCCGGGCCCGGGGACUGCCAUUCCCUCGAGUGGAGCCCAGCCCUCAGGACCAACGCCAGCUGACAGAGUGCCACCUCUUCUCAGACCCCUCCUGCCCCGAUGCCCCGGUCCUGCUGCACUUCCCGCUGGUCAACGCCUCCUUCAGGGACCACUCAGCCCCAGGUGUCCGGCGCAGCCCUGCAGAGCUCCCAGCUGGCCAGGUGGAUCUCACUGGGACCACCUCACCCUACUCCCUGUUCAACAUGACCUACAAGGAGGAAGACUUUGACCGCCUGCUGCAGCUUAGUGACUAUAACAUACGGAACAGCCAGAGCGUCAUUCUGCAGGCCUUGAGAACUGCCGUGAAGCACCGGGCCCUGGGGGCCAGGCCUCCAGCAGCACAGAAGUUCCCUGACUACCUGAGGUCUCAUCAGCCCCUCCUGAUCUGAGUCACGACUGCAGCUCAGGCAGCUGUCAGGCCCACCCACGGGCUCCAGGGAGAUUGUGCAAGGCUUUUGCUGCAGCCUGUGGGCCCCUCCUGCGCCAGGCCCGGAGCUUGCCUCAGGGACCGGAAGGCCCUAUAAGCUGCCUCAUCCCUCCCCCUGGGCCCCUGCUGGCAGUCUGCUCUCCGCCCAGCACAGGUGGUGGAGGUGGGAGCGGCAAACAGAGAG